GUCAGGUGUCAGUCGGCUGUCGCCUCGCGUCGCGGGCGGAUCAUCGGGGAAAAAAAUUGUCGGAGCAACGUAGUGGCUCUCAAAAUCUUCCGUAAAGUCGCGAUAUCGAAUGUCGCGACGGUGACGAUACCGAUAAGCUGGGAAAGUCGGCGUGAUUAUCGUUGAUACAGACUGGUUGUUUACGCGUGUUCUUUGUCAUAAUAUUGAAGCAUGACAGAGACGACAACACUGACGGAAUUCGAAGAAAAUGUGUCCUUCGACGCGGAUGAUCCAGACUUUGCGCCUUCGCCUCCCGUGAAACGAAAUAUUCUUCAUGAUUCGCGGUAUUUCGUAGAAAAAUUCGACGUUAAAGUACCCAUUUAUCAGUGCAACAUGUCGGUCACUUCCGUGCAGCCAGCCACAACCGAGAGCCUCUCCCGCCACGGGAGCAACAUCUCGUUAUCCUGCCAUAGCUUGUGCGGCAGCGUGGAUGACGGUCUGCAAGGUUCGCAUCCCCAGUACCAGGACACGAUCCUUACGAUCGAGGAACUGCGCGCUCAGCUGAACUCCUGCUUUACAUGCGGAGUGUCGUGGAGCGAGGAACAUGUCUCCCUGGAUUGCAGCGAGUGCGGUGGUUACUCUUUACAACGACCAUGCCCGCUCUGCGAUGGACGUUGUCAUACUGCGUGGAAGCGCGACCUCACCAUGUCCCAUGCGAGUGGCAAGGCGAGAUGGAUCGGCGAAUGUGGAUUGAGCUGCGGACCUUCCUUGGAGGAGUCGCUAGUGCCCGCGUUGGAGAAACUACGGGCCACCUCGUGAACGGUAUCGGCCCGAGUACCGCCAACCAUGCACAAGACUUAAUCCAUCACCAUCCAUCUAACGUCACCUACCAUCAUCAUUGUGUGCGAGAUUCAAGAGAAAGAGAAAUAGAGAAUGUAUGAAUGUGGAUGAUAUGCGUUAUGUUCCUGUGGAGGGCUGCUGACAAAGGGAAAAGAAAGGAGGAGAGCUAUUUCGGACUCUCGCAGCUUCCCCCGAAGAUCCAAAGUCGGAUCCAGGUAGCCCCUCGAUAUCGGGGACCAACGUCGUCAUUAUCAUCGUCGGGAGUACAAAGCUACACGUCCACGAGGGAUUUCUACAAUGUAUCGGAAGAUAACUUGCAAGAUAUAUUGCAAGAAAUUAGAACUGUUCGUUUAUACACUGAGAGAAAAAUUUUUUUGAAUCAAAUAAAUUUGUUUUCUGCAAAUGUUUGCUCUAAAUGGAAGGAAUUGUUUAUUUCAUUUAAACAAAAGCAUUUAAUGAAAUAUG